UUCUUGACAAACCGUCGGAUGUGAUGACUUAAAAUAAACACAGCGGUUGAGGUUUAAUAUUCUAAUAUCAGCCCUCUGGCAGACUGACAACAAAGAAUUCAACAGCUGACCUUGAACUAACUAUAGCACAGUCACUGCGUUUUCAUCAUGCCGAGGAUUACGCCUAUAGAACAGGCAGUAAGCGAUAACAUCAAGGUGGUAGUGAGAUGUCGCCCACUUGAUCAGAAGGAGAAGACAAUGGGAUUGAAAGAGGCCGUCACCGUGGACGAGAUCCGUGGAACCAUCACGGUUAAUAAGUUAGAUAUGCCUCAGGAACCUCCAAAAAAAUUCACUUUCGACACUGUGUUUGGGCCUGACAGCAAACAGCUGGAAGUCUACAAUCUAACAGCCCGCCCCAUCGUAGAGUCGGUACUUGGAGGAUAUAAUGGCACAAUUUUUGCAUAUGGACAAACUGGGACGGGAAAAACAUUCACAAUGGAGGGUGUCAGAGCAGUACCAGAGCUUCUAGGAAUAAUUCCAAAUUCCUUUGCUCACAUUUUCGGCCAUAUUGCCAAGGCAAAGGGUGAUACCAGGUUUUUAGUUCAUGUGUCAUACCUCGAAAUUUACAACGAAGAAGUCCGGGACUUGUUGGUGAAAGACCAAAUGAAACGGCUAGAGGUAAAAGAAAGACCAGAUAGAGGUGUGUACGUCAAGGACCUCUCUAGGUACGGGGUGAACAAAGCUGACGACAUGGACAAGAUAAUGACAGUGGGCAAUAAGAACCGAUCUGUUGGGGCUACAAAAAUGAAUGAACACAGCUCCCGUUCUCAUGCUAUUUUCACGGUCACAAUCGAGUACAGUGAGAAGGGGGUGGACGGAAACCAGCACGUGUGUAUGGGAAAGCUACAUCUGGUUGAUCUGGCAGGUUCAGAGAGGCAAGGUAAAAGUGGAGCCACAGAUCAGCGUUUGAAGGAGGCAGCAAAAAUCAACCUCUCCCUCUCCACACUGGGAAAUGUCAUAUCAGCCCUGGUAGAUGGCAAGAGUAGCCACAUUCCCUACAGAAACUCAAAGCUGACCCGUCUGCUUCAAGAUUCACUCGGAGGGAACUCCAAAACUAUGAUGUGUGCAAACAUUGGUCCAGCAGAUUACAAUUACGAUGAGACCAUAUGUACUCUGCGCUUUGCUAACAGGGUGAAAAACAUCCAAAACAAAGCUAGGAUCAAUGAGGAUCUGAAAGAUGCACUGUUACGGCAUUUACAGAAAGAGAUUAAGGACCUUCAGAAAAAACUGGAAGAGUGUGAAGAAAUCUCUGGGCCAGAGGACACGGAUGAAAGUGAUUAUGAAGCUGGGGAGCCAGGAGAAGGCCGCCUGAGAAGAAAAGAAAGGAAACAGUUCUCUUCAGACAAAAUGGCUGAGAUGCAAGCAAAGAUUGAAAAGGAAAGAGAGGUUUUGGAGGCCAAGCUCAACAUGACGGAGGAGGAAAGAAACAAGGCCCGAGCAGAGCUGGAAAUGAGAGAGAAGGACCUUCUCAAGGCUCAGCAGGAGCGUCAUCAGCUACUGGAGAAACUGGAGAAACUGGAGAGGAACGUGAUUGUGGGUGGAGUGGAUCUCCUCGCAACGGCCAAAGAGCAAGAGAAACUCUUAGAGGAAUCAAAAAUUGAGCUUGAAGAACGUCGCAGGAGAGCCGAGCAACUUCAUCACGAACUGGCGGAGAAGGAGCAAGAGCAUCUACAAAGAGAAGAGAAGUACAGCAGCCUGCAGGAAGAGGCUCAACGAAAGACCGAAAAGAUAAAGAAAGUUUGGACCGUGUUGAGGGCAGCCAAAUCUGAAUUGGCAGAUCUUCAACUAGAGAAUUACAGAGAACUUGAGGGUCUACAAGAAAACAACUGUCAGCUGAUGCGGGAGAUCAGGCAGCAGACGCUCAUCAUAGAUCAUUUCAUUCCCCUGGAAUAUCAGGAGAUGAUAAAGAAUAAUGCGCACUGGAAUGAAGACAUAGGAGAGUGGCAGCUGAGAUGUGUGGCCUUUACUGGCAACAAUAUCAAAAGACAAAACCCUAACCAGGACAAAAAAGAAAAGGAUCUGUUUGAGGUGGAUCUGUCCAGUUUUUACUCAACCUACACAACAGAGAGCCUGCAGCUGUCACCGAGUAAGCAGGAAAGGGCUAAAGCUUCUGAAAGUAGCAAGAGCGGCCGACCCAGGACUGAACAAAGGGGAUUGUUUCCCCCCUUAUGCAUUCAGUAAAUAAGCAUGUCCCUGUUUUAUGUAAAAAAAAAAA